GCAACGGUCAUACUGCAGCCCCACGCCAAACAAUUUGUUGCCUUGCUAAAUUUAUAAAAUUGCACACACAAAAUGCCGGAAGAGAUUAUCGCAGACGAUAAGAAGAGUCACUUGCCUUGGAUUGAGAAGUACCGACCGGUGAAGUUCAAGGAGAUUGUGGGCAAUGAGGACACGGUAGCCAGACUUUCCGUCUUUGCCACCCAGGGAAAUGCACCCAAUAUCAUAAUAGCUGGUCCCCCUGGCGUGGGCAAGACCACCACCAUUCAGUGCCUGGCGCGGAUCCUCCUGGGAGACAGCUACAAGGAAGCAGUCCUCGAGCUAAACGCCUCCAAUGAGCGCGGAAUCGAUGUGGUGCGCAACAAGAUCAAGAUGUUUGCCCAGCAAAAGGUGACACUGCCGCGGGGCAGGCACAAGAUCGUGAUCCUCGACGAGGCGGACAGCAUGACGGAGGGCGCCCAGCAGGCCCUGCGCCGCACCAUGGAGAUCUACAGCAGCACCACGCGAUUCGCCUUGGCCUGCAACACCAGCGAGAAGAUCAUCGAACCGAUUCAAUCGCGCUGCGCCAUGCUGCGAUUCACCAAAUUGUCGGAUUCGCAGGUUCUGGCCAAGCUCAUCGAGGUGGCCAAGUGGGAGAAGCUCAACUACACGGAGGAUGGCCUAGAGGCCAUUGUUUUCACUGCCCAGGGAGAUAUGCGACAGGGCCUGAACAAUCUGCAGUCCACCGCCCAGGGAUUCGGCGAUAUUAAUGCGGAGAACGUGUUUAAGGUCUGCGAUGAGCCGCAUCCCAAGCUCCUGGAGGAGAUGAUCCAUCACUGUGCCGCCAAUGAUAUACACAAGGCCUACAAGAUCCUCGCGAAGCUGUGGAAGCUAGGCUAUUCGCCGGAGGACAUCAUUGGGAACAUUUUCCGCGUCUGCAAGCGCAUCAACAUCGAUGAGCACCUGAAGUUGGACUUUAUCCGGGAGAUAGGCAUCACCCACAUGAAGAUCGUGGACGGAAUCAACUCUUUGCUGCAGCUCACCGCCCUGCUGGCCAAACUGUGCAUAGCGGCCGAGAAGCAUUAGCUGUUAUGAAAAACUAUUUGUUAUAGGGUCCUAAGUUUACGGUCAAGUUGCUGAAUAAAUCUCGAGAAUGAAUGUUUGGUAAGGA